AAUAAUUAUCUUCACGAUGUGUUGUUAUUACGAUACACCAUCCGGGCCGGAGAGCUACAACAACAACAACGCCGAUAAAAAAGGAAAUCUAACAAAGAAAAUUUGGGCACUGUGAAAUUGAAAACUAAAGGACGAGGGGCAGAAGAGAGUUAAACUAUGGCAUAUCCACCACCACCCCCACCCCCUGGGCCGAUGAAGCGACCCUAUCAGGGAGAUUGGGCACCACCAAGACCAGCUAAGGAGCCAAGGCCUCCUGGUACAGACGAUUUCUCGCGUGGUCCAGGGUCUCAGUGGGGUUCAGGCUAUUCAGAAUAUGGGUACUAUGGCUGGGGAAAUCCCGACUACACUGAAAACUUUAGCUCAGAUGGUUACCGUGGUAACAUGCAAAGUAACAACAUUAAUGUGGAUUUUACAGAUGACUACUCUGCAUUUUAUGGAAAAGAUUCUAACAGUAACCGUGGGAACGGUAAUCAGAGAGGAAACAACAGGGGCAACUUUGCUGGAGGACAGUUCCAAAAGACACAGGGUGGUGUUCAAAAUAGAGGUCAAGGUCAUCUGAAUAGAGGUCAAUUCAAUCAAAACAGAGGUCAAGGGAAUCAGAAUAGAGGUCAAGGGAAUCAAAAUAGAGGUCAAGGGAAUCAAAACAGAGGUCAAGGGAAUCAAAAUAGAGGUCAAGGGAAUCAGAAUCGUGGAGGUCGAGGAGGAAAUCGUGGAGGGCAGAGGGGACAGUUUAGAGGGCGAGGUAGAGGCAUGCAAAGAGGUAUGCCGCCAAAUAUGUUCAGUAAUCCACGAGGUAGAGGCAAGGGAGGUAAUAAGGCAGCAGUUUUAGCAGUUGUCCCCCCUGUACAUUCUCUAGCUUCAGCUAAGCCAGACAUUCUUGACAUUCAAAAUAUGUCACUUGCAGAAAAGUUGCACAGAUUUUGUUUGUACUUGAAAAAUGAUGACUCUAUCAAGAUUAAUGCUAUACAGACUAUAAUGAAUGCUAUAACAAGUUCUAAACUUGGUCUUAAGGCGACUUACGAGUCAGAGGAGCUGGCUAAGGUAGCAGGGAAGGCGAUGUAUACAGGUGUUUUAAAACUUGAUACAGUGUUUUUAGCACGUGCUAUCAGACCGAACAAAAAAGAGCUGAAGCAGGAAGUGUUUCAGAAAGCCCUCAACGUGAUGCUGAGUAUGACGGUUGCCGAGAUUUAUAACCUGGUGGAUCCAGGUGCAGAUGCUAUAAGAGAGGAGCUGGACAGACAAAUGAAGGCAGAAGAGACCUUGAAGUUAGAUAUUGAUGACACAAUUAAGGAGUGUGAAAGUGCCGAGGCCAAGUCUCUUGUGGGCGGUGACAUUCAGACCAUUCUUAGCCAACUAAUUAGUACUAUAAAGGUGUGUUUGGCACACUCACGACGUGAUUGUAUGGUAAAGGUAUAUAAUAUGGGAUGGGAGAUCCUGACAUCUACAGAUGUUGAUACAUUGAUCACCCAGCAUAGACAAAUUACUGACGAAGAGAUCAAAGACCCAACAUUACUUGAUGUCUUAAUAAAAGGAUCUGGACGGACAGUAGAGUCGAACACAGCUGGCCUGAGGAGGUUUGGGUAUGACAUCAAUGAUUUAGAGGAUCGUGACAUAAAAGACCUAAUUAUCAUGGAGCACAGUGAUUGGUCAAAAGAUCGUAUGAGGAGUGCCUUCUGUAUUUUACAGUUCAGCUGCAAUCAGAACGGUAUGAUUCUACAAUGGGAAACAGAUGCCCUAUGUGUGUUAUCAGUACAGAAACAGAUUAUGGGUGACAGUUAUGGAUCAAAGAAAGCUCAUGCAAGAAACCUGGCAGCUACCGAUGCCCUAUUCAAGUUAUAUGAGACACAAGAUGUCAUCAGGAUAUCUCCAAGAAUUGACGAUGAGAAGAAUUGGAUAUCUUGGGAUACUAUAACAGCAAUGGCUGAAAAACUUAGAAAUGAAAAUGUUGGUGAAGAGCCUAUUGUUAAAAAUGACGAGUUCGGAAAUCCACUGCCUGAUUCAUUUUUAAUGACUGUACUUAAGGGUAAAAUAGAUGAAUUCCUAGCACAGAAAGUCCAGGAUGAGCUCAUAUUUGGUCUAGGGAUAAGUCUGACAGAAGGUAGAGAGGUGAGAAGUUACGCACUUAGUCACAAGUUGAAGUGUGACACAAUGCAGUACCAAGGUCAACCCUACUUGCUGAUUUAUGAAAAACUUGGCUGGAAGAAACUUGUUGAGGUGUUAAAAGGAAGGGACAGACCAUAUGGAAAAUUCAUCCUUGUCAACCGAGAAGAUUUACCAACGUACGAAGAUGUGAGGAAUAAUAUCUUGAAAGAAUUGCCAAAAAUUGAAGUAGAGUUCACUAGAAAAGUAACAGAGUCUCCUGAUGGUGAAGUAAACAAGGACAUAGAACCUAAAGAAGAGGAGGAUGUUAAAAUGGACAGUACAUGAGGGACAGUUUUUAGCUCGAAUGAAAACCAGAGUUGUUGUCAUCACACACUCCUUUGUGUUGGUGUUGAUUAACCUUUUUGGUUAAUGUUUGUUUAUGGUCAUUAAUUUUAAUACUUAUAAAGCUAUUUUAUAUAAACUUUAUAUGUGAAUGCACCUUGACAAGUUCUACUUGCAACACCCAUUUUAGAUUAAAAGGUCAAGGACACUGGUCACUUAGACCUGUAAUGAAAGAUACAAGUGGCCAUUGACCUAGAAACUUCAAACUUUGUACGCAAAUGCACCUGUAUAAGUUCUAGCAACCACAAUCGUUCACUGGUCAAAAGGUCAAAAUGAUCAGUAAACUUUUUAGAUUAAGUUUUAAUAUUACUUAAAUAAUGACUUUAAAACUUAAUAUGUGGAUGCAUUUGAAUGAGUUCUGUCUAUCACAGUCAUUUUUAUCAGAAAUCUUGGACUCUGUGACUUACUUUAUUUCAUGUCUUUAUUUUAUAGAGAAUGAUCAGUUUACUAUCCAGCAGUGUGAUGAAAGAAUAGCAAAUUCUUGGGUACUUUAGUAAAGAAUAUUUGUUGUAUAUUUGAUAGAUCUUUUAGGAUUUUGACUAGCAAUGAGUGAUUUGAGGGGGUUUAAGAAUUUACUGUUUUCCGGAUUACAUGUAUUUUACAUUUAUAUUUUGCUUGCCUUGCUGUCUAAUUGUUUAAGAAAUUUAACUAAAGGAUUAUGUUAAAAAUUAUGUUAAAGAGUAACAUACACAAGUGUUUUAUGCAUGUUUUUUUUUAUCUUAAUGAAAUUCUAUUACAGAAUUCAUUGAGGAUUUAAUUAAGGAUCAAAUUGUAAUUGUUUUAAAAGGUAAUGUGAAGAAGAGUAUAAUAAAAUAUAUAGAUGA